AGACCACUGGCAUGCUAACGUACAGCGAUAAAAAGUGACUUAUUAUUUAGUUGACAGUGGGACUAUAAUCCGUUCACUUAGCAUACACGGUCAAAUGUAAGGGAAUGAUUUAGAUAAUGAAUAUUAAGUUAGCCAUGUAACGUUAGCUAGCUGUCGUUGCUAAGUUAGACGGCUGGUUGACUAACAUUAUACUUACAUGACAUCGACCUUUGUUGCAAACAAACGAGAAACACCGCACAAAUAAUUUCACGUAACUUCUCUGAAAGUUAGUUAGAAACACUUUCCAUCUCUGCCCUUGCGCGGUGACAGUCACACCAAAAACACAGUGUCCUCUCCAGCCUGCCGACCCCUCACGCACUCACCUGAUAAUUACUUUGGCGUUUUUGGUAAGUCCCAUUUUCAAAGCGACUCUUAUUCCAGAUGUGAUAUGAGCUGGUCUGUCGGAGCAGAAGCGCUAAUUUUCGCCUUUGGAAGUGUAAGCCGCAUUUCAGCUGUACCAACAUCGGCGCCAUGUUGACGAAGGAGGAAGGCGGUUAGUCAACACGCCGGGGACGUCACAUCCGGUCUUCAUCAACGCUGUCAAAGCUAGCAAGCGUGCUACAUUUUUAAUGAGAUAUCAGCCGCUAGUUUCUUCAUAACACGACGUUAUUUGUUGUCUAACGGUUUGUGGAUGUGGUCCUAAUUGGCAGUUGAUAUGCUGUAGCUGCGUGAAUCGGAGAACCUCACUUAAAAACACAAGUCGCAGCCAAAGGAAGAACACGUUGUCGUCUUUGUCAAGGAUGCCAUGCCACAAUCAGCAGCUGAACAAUGUGAGCAGUGGCCAGGAGCACCCAAUGAAGCAAGUGCGAUUUGCUAACAGCGCCAACAGCACUGUGCCUGCGGUGCUGUCCAACUCUGAACCCACUGAUGCCACCAUACAGCCUGACAGCCAAGAUAACCUGGGACCUCAGCUUAAACUGCUCCCUCUGAAUGACCAGAUCCGUGAAUUACAGACCAUAAUCAGAGACAAGACAACUAGCAGAGGAGACUUUGUGUUUUGUGCUGAUCGACUGAUCAGACUUGUAGUUGAAGAGGGUCUGAAUCAGCUCCCCUACUCAGAGUGCACUGUGACUACGCCGACAGGGUACAAGUAUGAAGGUGUCAAGUUUGAAAGAGGCAACUGUGGAGUCAGCAUAAUGAGGAGUGGUGAGGCCAUGGAGCAGGGUCUCCGGGACUGCUGCCGCUCCAUCCGGAUUGGCAAGAUCCUCAUCCAGAGUGAUGAGGAGACACAGAAAGCCAAGGUCUACUAUGCCAAGUUCCCUCCAGAUGUGUACAGAAGAAAAGUGCUGCUCAUGUACCCCAUCCUUAGUACAGGGAACACUGUGAUUGAGGCAGUGAGGGUUCUGAUCGAGCACGGUGUCCAGCCCAGGCAUAUUAUCCUCCUCAGCCUCUUCUCCACGCCUCAUGGAGCCAAAUCCAUUAUACAGGAGUUCCCAGAUAUCACCAUCUUGACCACUGAGGUUCAUCCAGUGGCUCCGACACAUUUUGGACAGAGGUACUUUGGCACUGACUGAAUCGAGGACAACAUGAGGAACAUGAUCUGCAAAUUGCUUUGAGUAUAUUUUGUCUUGUUAAUUUAAAUGUAUCUCAUGUUCUCCUUGUUGUGCCAAAUACUGCUACUUUAUCUCCAGAGGUCCUAAACUGAAACAAAAUGAUUAAUCUGAGCGGUUGUAUUUAUUAUCAUGUGUUUCUGCGGUGUGUGCUCAUGCUAAAGAAAGAGAACUGAACACUGAACCAUAUGAAGAGUUCAACUUGAAUUGUUUUAUUUUGCAUGUUACAACAACUGAUGGAAAAUAAAGAAUUUAUAUUUGUUAACGGACAGAAAAGCAAAUGAAACGGUAUCAGUACUUUUGGUGUUUCAGAGGUGUUGAAAAAGGGCCACAGUCACAUACUCCGACAAUUCAAAAGGGAUCACACUGGAUGUGCUCUAGCAAUAUUGAACUCCUGUCUGCAAACUGGGUAUAAUUUGUCAUCGUCUCAUGUUAUAAAUAUCCUACUUUCUGAUAAAAGGAAAUUGCUUUGUA